GCGGGGGCGUGGCCUCGGCAGGCUGUGGGCGGGCGGCGGCGACCCGGCACAGUUCGGGCCCCGGAGGAGUUCCGGGAAAACAAUGAAUCUGUUCCUGGAGCUUCUCCUGUUCCUGGUCACGCUCCUCUACUCCUACCUGGAGGCUUUCGUGAAGCUCUUCGUGCCUGUGAGGAGAAAGUCUCUCAGCGGGGAGCUGGUGCUCAUCACGGGCGCUGGCCAUGGCGUCGGCAGAGCCACCGCCCUGGAGUUCGCCAAGCGCCAGAGCAGGCUGGUGCUGUGGGACAUCAAUAAGCACGGCGUGGAGGAGACGGCAGCAGAAUGCCAGAAGCUGGGAGCCACUGUCCAAACCUUCGUGGUGGACUGCAGCAAACGGGAGGAGAUCUACAGCGCUGCAGACAAGGUGAAGAGGGAUGUUGGGGAUGUGACCAUCCUGGUGAACAACGUUGGUGUGAUUACAGCUGCCGACUUUCUCUCGACUCAGGACCACCAGAUAGAAAGGAUGUUUGAAAUCAACAUUCUGGGUCACAUGUGGACCACGAAAGCUUUUCUGCCAGUCAUGAUGAACAACAACUACGGGCACAUUGUCACAGUGGCUUCAGCAGCAGGUCAUUUUGUGACUCCUUUCAUGGCAGCAUAUUGCUCAAGCAAGUUUGCUGCAGUUGGAUUCCAUAAAGCUCUGACAGAGGAGCUGUCUGCCCUGGGAAAGGAUGGAAUAAAAACAACGUGCCUUUCUCCAGCUUUUAUAAACACUGGAUUUGUCAAAAACCCCAGCACAAGGCUUGGAAAGAUUUUGGAGGUUGAAGAAGUUGUAGAGGCUCUGAUGGAAGGAAUAGUGACCAACCAGAAAAUGGUUUUCGUUCCACCACAGCUAAACAUUGCUUUGCUUUCUGAAAUGGUGUUUCCAGAACGAGCUCUGAACCUUCUGAAGAAGAUGACCACUCCAAAGUUUGAUGCAGUCAUUGGGCAGAGAAGCACCCAGUGAAAAGCAAGAGCUGAUUCUCAUUUCCCAGAGGCACCAGUGAAAACAGAACAUGUGCUGAGCGUUGUUCAGCUGCCUUGAUUCCAGCAGAGCUCAGGCAGGAGCCUCCAGGCCACCAUUCUCUAAGGGCUGUUCCCACACCUGCACAACAGGGAGUGUUGGCAAAGCAGUGAUGCAGCUCUAGAAGGGCUGCACUGCAUGUACAUCCCAUCACCUCUAUCCCAUUGUGCUGAGGCAGCCGGGAAUUCCCACAAAGGUGUUUGGGACAGCACAGCUCCUAGCUGAGUGCAAAGGGAUUGCCCGGGAACACAUUAAUCUGGACUCAUCCCUGAGUAAAAGCAUCUUGUAAGAAGUAAUUUAUAGAGGAGGUGGGUGACCUGUAUCAUCUCAUUUAAUAAUUUUGAAUUUUAAAAAAUGUGCUCUAAUGAACACCUAAAGUUUUAUGUGCAUUUGUAAUGAGCAGUAUUGAAUUAAUUAUUUGUAUUAUUGAAAUAACACAGCCUUGUUUGUAAUGUAACGCCUAAUUACAGCAUUUAUCAAUUAUGCAUUAGCACCGUCAACACUCCAUAUUACAAAUAAAUACAUUUUUCUAACCCAAA